AUGCCCGGCGAGGCUUUGGAAAUUUUCAAGUCAAGUUCAAACCAGAAGCAUAGCUCAAUGACUGCAAAUCCACGACAGCAACAGUGGCAUCAGACCAAAAACGUUGGCACCGAAAAGGACGCACUGCGUCAUAUGUGUGAGCAUUGCGGUUAUAGAACUCGCAUACGCGGAAAUUUGAAAGUGCACACACGUCGUCAUACUGGGGAGAAGCCCUUUCGCUGUAACAUAUGCGAUGCUUCUUUCGUGGCGCGAUACCAAUUGACCACACACAACGAACGCCAUAUGGACGCACAUCAGCGGCGCACUCGCUACAUGUGCAAGGAUUGCAAUGUAGGAUUUCUCAGUGCGCGUGCUCUUUAUCAUCACAAGCCGCUCCAUGCCGAAGAUAAGCAGUAUAAGUGUGCAUCGUGUGAUAAGUCCUUUGCACAGGCAGCUGGCUAUGCGCAGCACAAACGUUGGCAUCGCCAGCGUUACGGGCGAGCAACUGCCAUAACCAACUUAAAAGUGCCACUGGCAAUCGAGACAAAUAAUUCAAAUUAG